UGGCCCACCCUCAGGACCCUCACCACCCGUCAGAGAAACCUGUCAUUCACUGCCAUAAAUGUGGGGAGCCGUGCAAGGGUGAAGUGCUUCGGGUCCAGACCAAACAUUUCCACAUCAGAUGUUUCACCUGCAAAGUGUGUGGCUGUGACCUGGCCCAAGGGGGCUUCUUCAUAAAGAACGGAGAGUAUCUCUGCACCCUGGACUACCAGAGGAUGUAUGGCACACGCUGCCAUGGCUGCGGGGAGUUUGUGGAAGGAGAGGUGGUGACCGCCCUGGGCAAGACCUACCAUCCCAACUGCUUUGCUUGUACGAUCUGCAAGCGCCCGUUUCCACCCGGUGACCGAGUCACGUUCAAUGGGAGAGACUGCCUUUGCCAACUGUGUGCACAGCCGAUGUCUUCCAGCCCUAAAGAAGCCUCCUGCUCUGGCAAUUGUGCUGGCUGUGGACGAGAUAUCAAGAAUGGGCAGGCGCUCCUGGCCCUGGAAAAGCAGUGGCACUUGGGUUGCUUUAAAUGCAAGUCCUGCGGCAAAGUCCUCACCGGGGAGUACAUCAGCAAGGAUGGCGCUCCAUAUUGCGAAAAGGACUACCAGGGUCUCUUCGGGGUGAAAUGUGAAGCCUGCCACCAGUUUAUCACUGGCAAGGUCCUGGAGGCAGGUGACAAACAUUACCACCCUAGCUGUGCACGAUGCAGCAGAUGCAACCAGAUGUUCACAGAAGGAGAGGAAAUGUAUCUUCAAGGUUCUACCGUUUGGCAUCCCGACUGUAAGCAAUCCACCAAGACCGAGGAAAAACUGCGGCCACGAAACAUCCGUCGUUCUCCAUCUGAUUUCUUUUAUCCCAAAAGUCUGAUUCGACGCACAGGAUGGUCCCCGUCUCUGCAGCCUACCAGGACUUCUUCCGAGAGCAUUUAUUCUAGACCAGGCUCCAGUAUCCCUGGGUCCCCAGGUCAUACUAUCUAUGCAAAAGUGGACAAUGAAAUCCUGGAUUACAAGGAUUUAGCAGCCAUUCCCAAGGUCAAGGCAAUUUAUGACAUUGAACGUCCAGAUCUUAUUACCUAUGAGCCUUUCUACUCUUCGGCCUAUGAUGACAAACAGGAGAGGCAGAGCCUGGGAGAGUCUCCAAGGACUUUGUCUCCUACUCCAUCAGCAGAAGGGUACCAGGAUGGGCGGGACCGGAUGAUCCACCGGUCCACCAGCCAGGGCUCCAUCAACUCCCCUGUGUACAGCCGUCACAGCUACACUCCAACCACGUCUCGCUCUCCCCAGCAUUUUCACAGACCUGGCAAUGAGCCAUCCAGCGGCCGGAACUCCCCUCUCCCUUAUCGGCCAGACAGCCGCCCUCUCACUCCAACUUACGCUCAGGCCCCUAAACAUUUCCAUGUUCCAGAUCAAGGGAUCAACAUUUACCGAAAACCACCCAUCUACAAACAGCAUGAUGCAGCUGCCUUGGCAGCCCAGAGCAAGUCUUCAGAAGACAUCAUCAAGUUUUCCAAGUUCCCAGCAGCCCAGGCUCCAGACCCCAGCGAGAUACCAAAGAUUGAGACGGACCACUGGCCUGGUCCCCCCUCACUUGCCGCCAUAGGAGCUGACAUGAGACGCAGAUCUAGUGGCAGAGAGGAAGACGACGAGGAACUGCUGAGACGCCGGCAGCUACAAGAGGAGCAAUUAAUGAAGCUCAACUCGGGCCUGGGCCAGUUGAUACUGAAAGAAGAGAUGGAGAAGGAGAGGGAGAGCCGGGAGAGGUCCUCCCUGGCCACCGGGCGCUAUGAUUCUGCCAUCAACUCAGCUUCACAUGCUCUAUCAUCGAAAACCUCAUCUCUCCCAGGCUAUGGGAAAAACGGGCUUCACCGGCCUGUUUCUACAGACUUUGCUCAGUACAGCAGCUAUGGGGAUGUCAGCGGGGGAGUGCGAGACUACCAGACCCUCCCAGAUGGCCACAUGCCUGGAAUGAGGAUGGACCGGGGUGUCUCCAUGCCUAACAUGUUGGAACCAAAGAUAUUUCCAUAUGAAAUGCUGAUGGUGACCAACAGAGGGCGCAGCAAAAUCCUAAGAGACGUGGACAGAACCAGGCUAGAGCGCCACUUAGCCCCAGAAGUGUUUCGGGAAAUCUUUGGAAUGUCCAUCCAGGAUUUUGACAAGUUACCUCUUUGGAGACGCAACGACAUGAAGAAAAAAGCAAAACUCUUCUGAGUACCACACAUAGACAGCAAUUAGAAAAAGGACUGACCAUGGCGGUGACACAUAGGAUGUUGUAGUGAGCCCCAAACUUGAUUGGAGACUUUGCAAACUACUGUCCCUCAGCAACAAAAGGGAAAAUCUGAUUAAAACACCCAUGAGCCAAAUGAUGGGCCAGCCUGUGGCAACAUUCGCCCAGAAGCAGUGGGGUAGAAAUGUCUGUGUUCCCACCCUCGACAGUAGUGUUCACGUGUGACCUUUUUCCAUCACCUUAUGUGCACAGCAGGAGCUACUUUUGUUUUCUUUCAACUGUUAUUCAAUAAUAGUGUGACUGUAUGGGUAAGAGCCAGCAAGUGCCCUUAGGAUGCCGCAUGGACAAAAGCAGUUGUAAUAAUUCCAAAGUACGAGUAUAUUUAUUAUGUAGCGCCGCGGCUGAGAAGGAAGAGCCCGAGGGAUAGAUCCACGUGGCAGCAGCCUUUGCCCUCCCUUUCCUCACUGGCCUCCUGCAGCCCUGCCUGGGCUUCAGCAGGAGGGAAAGCAGAAUCGGGGCCCCCGGCAGCUCUGUUUCAAUAGCCACCAAAGUCAUUUUUAACAUGGCUCCUUGUCCCCUACUGUUUGCUAGGACCUGAUUGGCAAAUUACUUAGCCUAUUAUUAUUUUUUUUGCGGUACGCGGGCCUCUCACCGUUGUGGCCUCUUCCGUUGCGGAGCACAGGCUCCGGACGUGCAGGCUCAGCGGCCAUGGCUCACGGGCCCAGCCGUUCCGCAGCAUGUGGGAUCUUCCCGGACCCGGGCACGAACCCGUGUCCCCUGCAUCGGCAGGCGGACUCUCAACCACUGCGUCACCAGGGAAGCCCACUUAGCCUAUUAUUAAAAAGAAAAAAGAAUUAAGAGAAAGAGAGGAAAAAGGAGUGAAUGAAAAUUCUCCUUAAACCCUUUUCUACUUUAGAAAGCGUGCUCCUCUGCACCAAGGACAGGAGAUGUCUCGGCCCCGCAGCCCUCCACUCUUACAAAGAAAGGAAAAGGGGGAUUGUCUCCAGAUUGGCCCAGUUGUAUGCUGUUAGGUGAGUUUUGUCCAAAGGCCACAGCAGUCUUGAUCAAAAACAAAAGUUCUGUCUCCUCUCAAUGCAAGUUCUCCCAGCCAGCAAACUCUGCUCUCUAUCUGGCAUUCUCUAAAUCACAUCAAGCCCUGGCUGAUUUUGGUUUUUUUAAGGUCUUUUCAGUAGUAGGCUAAGGAAAAGCAUGUUUUUCUCUUUGAAAUCUCUGCAACUCUAAGGUAGAUUGCCUCAGAAUGAUUUAAUUUGGUCUUUUGAGCUUUCUUUCUUGCCUAGGUCUGUGGACUUCCUGGUUUGCAUGUGUGCGUUUAUGUGUUUUCACUCACCCAGGGCAGUUUGGUGAGUCUGCAUGUGCUUUUAAAUUUCAUUCCUGCUCGAAUGUUUGUCCCACUGUGCUGCAGCUCCUCAGGGACAUUUGCACAGGUGCACAUGACUCAAAGGUCAAGAGUGAGGCUAACUGCAUCCCUGCCACCAGGUGCCCUGUGGAAGGGUGUUGGUGGUUAGAAGCCAGCAUAUUCCAUGUAGCUCAAGUCAGCAUCAGACCGAAGACCGCAGACCUAGGAUCAGACUGUGUGUAGACAGCAGAACAUCUCACCGGAGUCCUCAAACUCAGUAACACAACAUUCACAUUGGAGCCGAAGAUUACCCCAAAACUUGCAUUUAAGACCCCACCAUGGUUCCUGAAAGCCUCUGGCUGAGACUCAGACAGGACGUGACUCACAUGUAGGAGGUUGUCACAUCUAUUCUCAUGCUUUGGGGCUCUGUUUAAGAAUUUAAACUCUAUGUUAAAGCCAAAGAAGAAAACAUCUGAAUUCACCUGCAUAUGCCACUAAUAAUAAAAGCUCAGAAAUUCUUCCUGCUGGCACCGAGUAUUAGAAUGAGUUAGUAGCUGACACCAGCGGUAAAAAGCAAGUAGAAUAUUCUUUCUGAUCUUGUACUGCAGACCUAACUUGUGACACGCUCUAGCAACCGGGUGCUGUAGUGAAUACUGCAAUUGCUUUAUAGCAUGCUGUGUGCUUCCCAAGGGAAUCUAAACCUGCCUGACCUUUGCUAGACAUUGAAUGUUUGAGGACUCUUCUCACAAAUACGUGUGUGUGUGUGUGUGUGUGUGUGUGUGUGUGUGUGUGUGUGUGUGUUGGACCUACUAACAUAUUUAGCAAAUGGCUCUGAUGAGGUAGAUGUGAGGAGACCAGCUCCUCCUUGGACUGAAGGCAGACUGCAGCCCACAGUUUCGCCCCUUCAUCUAUCCGUUGCCUCUUGCUUCAUUCAGUACAUCCGCUGUCCCGUCUUCUGUGACCUCUCCUGCAUGGGUAGCCUGGGCACAACGCCUGUGUGUCCUAAUCCUUGCUUCGCUGUGGCAAAGUGUGAGGGGUGAGGACCGUGGUGUAGUCCCAGUGUUCCCCUGCCACGACCAACAACAAGGAUGGCCAAACGCAUCCGAGGUUUCGGCUGGAGGAGAGGUUUUUUUUCAUUGGCUAAUGAGUUAUAAUCCACGUACUUGCAGAUUAAAUGUCAGUGUAAGAAAAAUGGCGAUGAUAGUUAAAGAACUGAGCCCUAAAUUUGCCGCCACUAAUGAAACUCUACUUUUCUUGUAACUUUUGAAUUCAGUUUUGCAUCCAUCUUGGCGGGGUGGGGGGUGGAAAAUAGCUUCUUUCCAUAUCAAGUGUAUGAGCUAAUUUAAACUACACCGUGCAAAAAUGCCUUGCCAGAACAUGCCAGUAGCCUCCUGGCUGCAAGCAGAGCAGUGCUGUGCUCUAGGGAAGGGGGCACUGGGAACGCAGAGUGGGCUUCCCAACCCCACUCCCCAGCAGAAGGCUCCAGCCAUGGGCGCGGGUCACAGGGCAACCUGAUUCUUCCAACUGCCAAACUGAAUCAGUGGGGCUACAGCGCCCUAUGUGUUUCGUUGAACUGGACUCAGCAUGCGUGUCCCAAAAAUGUCCAGGUCACUGCACAGGAAAUCAGUGUUCUCUGCUUGAACCCUGCCCCGCAUAAAAAAAUUCCAGUGGUUAACACAGUCAAAUUAAGGAGGAUUGUUUACUCUAGGAAAGGAAGUAUACACAUGGUAAGCUUCCUUAGUGCAUACAUAAAGGGCUACAUUUUUGAUCAUUGGACUUACUAGUGAUUCUUGAAGCAUAGGCUGAUUGCAUGAAGAGGCCUCUAUGAUGACCUGAAAGUCAGUGCUUCCUUUAAAGUUGCUUCCAAAACAGCCAGGAUACCAUUUAGUCUUCUGGUGUGAUUUAUGUUGAGAUAUAAAGAGCGUUGGGAAACCUGUCCAGCUCGCUAGGUAUGUACAUUUUGGUUUGGGUUCAUUAUGAAAUGUUCUUACUGUGACUCCUUCAAUAACAAAAGAUAAACUGCCUGGUCCCUGAAACCUUGAACAGAAAAGCUAGAGACAAUGGGGAAUAAGGUGCAAAGGAAAAAAAAAGUAGUUUCUAUCUGUCAUGUCCUCUAGUCUCCCCAGUUCUCCCCAACUUCCCAUUCUGUUGUUGCCAAGCUGAGUUUCCUCUUCCGAGGUGAGGCUGGAACAAUGCUCUUUUCAACUCCUAUCCCCUCCAUCUGGUGAUGUCAAUCAACUCCACUUGGAAAAGUCUUGCUAGAAAUGUUCCUAAAACUUUCCUCUAAUUUCUUUACACUUUAAAGCAAACACCUUUUUCUAAAGAAUUGCUUCUUAGAUGAUUAUACAAUAUAUAUAUCUAUGCUUUUGCAAGUUUAAAAAUUCAAAUGAACCACUUUUGACUAGGUAGGUCUUUCUAAAAAAACUCUCUAAAGCAAACUUGAUGUUAGCGUUCUCUUGCAUGUUGAAGGGGCAGGGGACCCUCCAGGCUGUGGGCUCCCAGAGCCCUCUUUCUGACUGUCAGGAAAGAUGGUGGAAGGAAGAUGAACUCUGUGCCAUCAGCCCUUCUGCAUCCUCUGCAGCAGGCUCAGUUUUUACAAAUCACCUCAUCUGUAUUUCCGGUCACUGUUUAAUCUACUUCCGAGGCCAGCCUUGAUUUUAUCUGGCUUGUCAAAUCAUUUUCCUUUUUAUAAACCAAGUGUUUGUCAGGAUGCCCUAAAACUCACUCAUUAGUACUCCCUUUUGAAGAACGUUCUAUCCAGAAAAAGAUCAUUUCAGGCUUGAGGUUCGUAAUGACACCUUAUAGUGGCGAUGUGUGUUAAGGGAACUACCCAAUUAUGUUGUAAUGAAAGAAGGAGAAACUUUGACUUCGGCGUUUUAAAAAAUCACUGUCUUUCUAUUUGCUGUCUAGGGAGUAGUGGGGAGAUGGUGACUGACACGCUUUGCCUAUGGAUCUGUGUAUUUCUCAUUUGGGGCAAGUUUCAUUUCUGGCAAACUCAAAAGGAAAGGGGGAGGUGGUCAGUUUAAGCUGAAAAACUUUCUAAACAAUAUAUGUGUACACAGCAAAAUUAAACCCAGUCUUUUCUGAUGCUUAGUGUAAUUGAGUGGCGAUUGUUAUCAUUAAAUAAAAUUCUUCCCAAAAGAGUAUCUCCCAAGAGUGACAAUGCCAUGAGUCGCUUUCUGAGCCUGUUUGCCAAAGGUAGAGGAAAAGACUGCAUCCACUAACAUUCAGAAAGGCAAUGAGCCACUUAGUGACUGUAUAUGUGUAUGUUUCUUUACCCUACGGAAGAGAAGACGAAUGUCUGCAGGAUUGGUGUUCUUUUGGGGUGUUAUGUACAGACCUGUCCCGUGAUAAACGUGUGGUUUCUAUGAGUUGCUGACAGUCCUGCAUCGCAGCUUUUGCAGUUCUUUCCUUUUUAAGUUGGGUUUAAUGGAAUUUUUUUUCAAGUGUUGGAAGGCAUACUGUUCUUCCUGCCUCCCCUCCCCUUCCAGAAACAAGAAAGCAAAUAUUUGGAAGAAAUGCUGCUUAAAAGAUGUAUCAUGUCCCCCGUGAAAGUGAGUGGAUAUCGGUCGGCAUCCUGAAUGCCACGUGCCAGUGUGCAGAGGUGGGAUGGCCCUGGGCCUGCGUUACUGUGCUUGGGACACCCAACGCGCUCCACACUCUUGUUGAAAUCAACACCUGCCGCCCCUCUGCCGCCGUCCUGCGUCACUGUUGUCCUCACAACUCAGUGAAUAAAGUGUGUGCUUUAUGCGUAA